GCUGAAACGACUACUAAUUCUUUGCACAAAAGACAUCCAAUUUAGAUUCAAUAACGAAUUCUACCGACAAAUCGAUGGGGUCGCCAUGGGUUCACCUCUAGGACCCAUUCUAGCAGACAUCUUCAUGGGCUAUCUCGAACAGACGCGACUGAGUGACACUAUCAAUGGAACAACAUACUACCAUCGAUACGUCGAUGCUACUUUUGUUGUUUGUAACGACAUGAGUCAGGCAUCCGUAUUAUUUGACCGCCUAAAUGAGGUGCAUCCAAACAUUAAAUUCACCAUGGAAUACGAACACAACGAUGAGUUCAAUUUCCUAGAUCUAAGUGUAAAAAGAAGAGACGAUGGAACGGUCGAAAAGUCCAUCUACAGAGAAGAAACUUGGACUGGACAAUACCUUCACUACAACAGCUUCUGCCCUAUGAGCUAUAAGCGGGGAUUAGUAAGGACACUGUACGACAGGGCUAGGAAGUUAUGUUCGCCCAACAAGAUAGAAGAAGAAUUUAGCUUUGUUGAAAAAUACCUUAAGGAAAACGGGUAUCCAAAAGGCUUUAUCCUACAGUACAGCAAAGAAAGAGAUGAGAAAGAGAAGUAUCCAACAUUUGAAAAGAAGGAAGUGUUCAUUUGCCUCCCAUACAAAGGAGAAACAGUAUCUCAAAAGAUUGAAAAAAAAGAUGAAAGGAGCAAUCAAGAGAUGCUUCCCUGCAGCCAAUCUAGUGACACUAUACAGUACUACAUGCUCUAUAAGCCAAUCGAAACUGGAUAAGUACGCUGCUGAUGUUACCUCCAACUGCAUUUAUAAAUUUACGUGCACCUGCGACAGCAAGUACAUCGGAAGGACAGAAAGAAGGGCUUCUAUCCGGUUUUCAGAGCGUAUUCCGAGAAAAUUAUGCUUAAAAGGAAGCAAAUAUUUACAAAGUCCAAUUACCAGACACCUUGUGGAUACGGGCCAUUUUGUCGAGAUUUCCAAAUCCUUCAAAAUAUUAAACAUACAAAGGACAGCGAAUCUAUGACGAUUUGCUGAAGCAAUUGCAAUCAAACGUCUCAGACCAAACUUAUGCACACAGAAAGAGAGUGUAGUCAAUCUCUCACUCCCUUGGUAACCAUAUCACUUUCAUUACACUGAUUACUCAUAGACACUAGUGAGUUCAACUCACUAAGCAAGUUUUCAAAUUGAUGAACUUUGACCUUGUUGAGUUGCCAUGUUGACACUUUAAUAGAUUUUUCUGUUUUCUGUUUUCUCUCACCCCUCCUUUUUUCAUAGUUUGAAAGUAUAUAAAUUGAUGGUAACUUAAACUACAAAAAUUCUAAUCCUUCUAUUCCGGAUGCGUUUAUCUUAUAAUGCUUUCUGUAUUACCUUUCAAACAAUGAAGUAUGAAAUGUUAUUAUUUAUAACCAUUGUAAUUUCAGGUAAUUUGCAGCUGAUGAGAACCUGUGAAAUAGAAUGAUAUCAUUUUAUACUGCAAAUCUGGUCUUUCUUUCUCUAUCGAAAUUUAUCAAGGGAACCAAAUGUAUGAAAU